UCCCAAGGUGGGAGGCGGCACCGUGGCUGAGAAAGAGGUCUGAGAGCGACAUGUCCCCAGCAGCUGAGGCACAGCAGCCCGUGGCGCUGUUUUUCUGAGUCCGGGGCGGCCUGGCGGCCGGCUGAGGACUAGGCUCGGCGGAGGCUGCCCCCGCUGUGGUGGCCGCCAUGCUGGGCGCCCGGGCGGUUGAGGGAGCCGCUGUGGCGUUCCUGCGACUGCUGCUCCUCCUGCUGCUGCCGGCGCUCCGGGAGCCGGGGUUCGGCGUGGUUGGCUUGGCGGGGGCCGGGCUGCCCGAGAGCGUGAUUUGGGCCGUUAACGCGGGCGGGGAGGCGCAUGUGGACGUGCACGGGAUCCACUUCCGCAAGGACCCUCUGGAAGGCCGGGUGGGCCGAGCCUCUGACUAUGGCAUGAAACUGCCAAUCCUGCGUUCCAACCCUGAGGACCAGAUCCUGUAUCAGACGGAGAGGUACAAUGAGGAGACCUUUGGCUACGAGGUGCCCAUCAAGGAGGAGGGGGACUACGUGCUGGUGUUGAAAUUCGCCGAGGUCUACUUUGCGCAAUCCCAGCAGAAGGUAUUUGAUGUGCGAUUGAAUGGCCAUGUCGUGGUGAAGGACUUGGACAUCUUUGACCGUGUGGGGCACAGUACAGCCCAUGAUGAAAUCAUCCCCAUGAGCAUCAGGAAGGGGAAGCUGAGCGUCCAGGGGGAGGUGUCCACCUUCACAGGGAAACUCUACAUUGAGUUUGUCAAGGGGUACUACGACAAUCCCAAAGUCUGUGCGCUCUACAUCAUGGCUGGGACAGUGGACGAUGUACCAAAGCUGCAGCCUCAUCCAGGCCUGGAGAAGAAAGAGGAAGAGGAGGAAGAAGAAGAAUACGAUGAAGGGUCUAAUCUCAAAAGACAGACCAAUAAGAACCGGGUGCAGUCGGGCCCCCGCACGCCCAACCCCUAUGCCUCAGACAACAGCAGCCUCAUGUUCCCCAUCCUGGUGGCCUUUGGAGUCUUCAUCCCAACUCUCUUCUGCCUCUGCCGGUUGUGAGAACAAACUGCCAUCCUGAACAGGUGGAGAGGCGUGGGAAAGAAACCAAACGUGUUGGUUUGGGUUUCUGUAUUUUUCAGUGAUUAGCAAAAACAGACCAACAAACACACACACACACACACACACACACACA